GAGAACAUAGGAGAGAAUACUAAAGCUCAUUUAGUAGUGAUUGUGAUUAGGACUGAGAUACAAACGACAUGUCUAACGAUAUUUCUCCAGAAGUUUGCAAGACGUUGAAGCGGUUGGUUAGCAGAGAUGAGGAAAAUGUAGAGAUAGCUCUUUAUAACCCCAACAAGAAGGGCGAGGGGUUUUCGGGAGAAGUUAUUUUCGUGACGUUAAGGGAUAAAAAAACUCAGAAAGAGUUGAAUGUUACUGUCAAACAAGCGUUUAGAGAUCAGUCGAUCCGAAAUUCGAUCCCAGUAAGGGAUAUAUUCAUGAACGAGAUUUACUUUUACUCGAAAGUUUGGCCCACGUUGGACAAGUUUCAAGAACAAAUUCCAAUGAAGUACCGCUUCCAGAAGAUACCCAAAUGUUUGACAACAGCUUCGAAUGAUAACUUUGAGCACUUGGUCAUAGAAAACUUGAAAUUUCAGCAUUUCCAAAAUCACGAUAAGAAACUGCAUUUGAACAAGGAAUACUACGAACUUAUUUUGAAAGAGUACGGGAAGUUCCACGGUUUAUCAUUCGCUUACAAAGCUUUGCACCCUGAAGAAUAUGCUGAUUUGACGAAGGGACUUAUAGAUGUGUAUUUACGUACGAUCAGCGAAGAGUUUUUUCAAAAAAGUAUGAAGUAUUCAUAUGAAAUAUGUAUUGAAAGUCUUCAAUCGGGAGUAGAUGAUGUUGUGAUCGAAAAGUUGGGAAAAUAUCUUCAAAAUUAUAAAAAGUUACUCCCCGAUAUUGUGGCAACUAAAACGAACUACACUGCUAUUACUCAUGGAGAUUGUUGGAGCAGUAACAUGAUGUUUAAAUACGACGACUUCAAAAGGGUGACGGAUGUAAGGUUUCUAGACUUUCAAGCUGCCAGAGUCGCCUCUCCUUGUUGCGACCUCUCAUAUUGCAUUUACUCAGGCGCAUCCAAGGAUGUGUUGAAAAACCUGGAUUAUUACCUCCAAAUUUACCACGAUAGCUUGUCCGAAACCCUCAAGCAGUUCGGAUGUGACUCCCAGGAACUUUACCCCCUGCAGGCACUGAAAGACGACUGGAAGGUAUUUUGCAAGAUGGGAUUUACCAGUUCUAUAAUGGUUUGGAAAGUGAAGUUCACAUAUGAGGAUGAAUUGAAGACCUUUGAAGAUCUAAAAGAUGACGACCUUGACAAAAUUUUCCAUUCUGGCUACGACAAAGAUGCGUUCAACAAAAGCAUUAAAGAUCUGGUCUAUCACUUAAAUGAAAAUGAUUUUUUGUGAAGUUAAUUAAACAAAAUAAAUAAACUAUUACUCAUGUUUAAUUGA